AAACAAAGUAGCAUGACCCGCUUAUAGACGUGGAAUCUUGUCACACAAAACAGCAGAAAGUUCAGUCGUGAAUUAUUGAAUUAAAUCCUUAGAAUCAAUUGUUCUGCUUGCAUUUAACUGUCUUGUGAAGUUAAUUCCAUUAAUAAGUAAUCAAUAGACAUGGCUGGCCCAGCAGCAUCAAACACUAAUGUAGGAUCUAAGUCCGCAGCUCCAAGAGGAGCUGGAAAUGCCCCUAGUUCAGGAAGCAACUUAAAACAGAGAAAAACAACAUCCACAUCAUCAACAACGGCACCACGAAGCAAUAGAACUGCUGGAUCUGCUGGUGGUAUGUGGCGUUUCUACACUGACGACAGCCCCGGAAUUAAAGUUGGACCAGUUCCAGUUCUUGUGAUGUCACUGCUGUUCAUUGCUUCCGUCUUCAUGCUUCAUAUUUGGGGAAAGUUCACUAAAGCUUAAGUUCAUUAAAUAAUUUGAUUUUUGUAUGUGCUUCUUGUUAAGACUCCUAUUAAAUCCAGAGGGUUAAUAAUAAUAUCUGUUUUUAUUGUGAAAUUCUUGUUAAUAUUUUGAUUUAACAUUAUAUAAUUUUCUAUUUUAACACCAACCUAUUCGGUUUCAAUUUAAACUUAAAAUGAUUCUUAAUUGUAUAAUUCGUGACUUUUUGAAUAAGAUGAUAGGAAUUUCGGAUAAAAAAAAGGGGAAAAAAAUCCUACAUGAAAAUUAUAUUAAUUUUAUAUAUAAAAGAUAAAGUAAAAAAAAAAGAGAAAACCUGACCUUUAGGAGGAUAGAGGUUUUGGAAGUCUGUGCUUCAAACGAAAGUCUAAAGAGUCAUAUUCAUAUUGUCCCAGAUUGGAGAUUAAAUCGUUACUGUGUGAUGCGCAAUUUGAGUAGAAUUUACUGGUCAGUUUGAGUGUGAAUUCUUUAAUAGUGGGGAUUUUGGCCUGAGAGUGAAUUACUUCAUUUGAGAUGAAGUCAUCCCAUUUGAUUUCAUAUAUUUGUCUUAGUAGCUUAUUUUGGAAAAUUUGGAGUUUAUUGAGAUGAGUUUUUGCACAAUUAAUAAAAAUCGGACAAGCAUAGGUUAUUAUUGGACGUAGAAUGGACUUGUAUAUCCUGAGUUUUGAAUCAGAAGACACUCCCGAGUUUCUUUUUAAUAGUGGAUAUAUUGUUGAGUAAGCUAAACCUUUAGCUUUACUUAAGACAACAUCUAUGUGAUGUUUAAAAAUUAGUUUCUGGUCUAGAUGAACUCCUAGAUAACGAACAUGAGAUUUCCAAUUAAAUGAUAAGUUGUUAACUGCUAUUUGAUUAGUCUGACAUUUCUGGAUCAUUUUUGAUGAUCUUGAGAAUAUAAUGAAUUCAGUUUUGUUAUCGUUUAAAGCAAUUUUCCAGUCUUGAAAGAAGGAUUGGAAGGAUUUUACAGCAGAUAUCAAGCUUUGUUUAAUAAGAGAAAAUUCACAAGAGUCUGCCUCUAUAAAGUAGGCAGUAUCGUCAGCAAACAAUGCCAGUUCGCCUACAUCUGGUUGAGGGAUAUCGUUGAUAAAUAAAUUGAACAGAUGAGGUGCUAUUACUGAUCCUUGUGGAACUCCAGCAAGAAUCUUAAAAAUGAAGGAACGGGAUUUAUUCAAAGACACAAACGCUGUUCUGUCUUGGAGGAAUGAAGCAAUAAGUUUGAUGAGAUAUAACGGGUAGUUAAAUUUGCUUAACUUGAAAAGGAGAGCUUGGUGCCAAACAGCAUCGUAAGCUUUUCGCAGGUCUAAAAGUACUAGACCUAAACUUUUAUUGCGAUUAAAACCGACUGCAGCCUUUUCAGAUAUUCUGAGUACUUGCUGUGUCGUUGAGUGUCUUGAUUUGAAACCGAAUUGCUGUUUGAUAAAGAUGUUGUUGUCCUCUUCAAACGAGCACAAGCGUGAAAGAAUUAGUCUCUCAAAGACUUUACCAAUUGUUGGUAAGAGAGAGAUAGGUCUAUACUCGGAUGGUUUUGAUGAAGCUGGAUUUGACUUAGGUAUAGCAACUAUCUUAGCAACUUUCCAAGAGGUUGGAAAGUAAGAUAGAGCUAGACACGCAUUGAAAAGUUUUGUGAGUAAUUCUACAAAUGGGACAGAAGAGCUCAGACAUUUAAGUACGCAAUUAGGAAUUCCAUCAAGACCAGCAGCUUUGCGAGGAUUAAGGUUCUUAAGGACGAAAAGAAUUUCAUUUUCUGAGAAUUUAUCCAUUUCAGAACAUGUUUGUGAAUUUAACUGAUCUACUUUCUCACUUACUUCUGCCUCAAAGCGCGAAUUUGCAUUCGACGAAACUAUAUGAACUGAAUUAAACGACUCAGCAAGCAUAUCAGCUUUGUCUUUGUCGGAAUAAGCAAUAGAAUUGCCGAAAGCUAAAGGAGACCCCGAAGCACUUACUUGUGGUUGUGACUGAAGUUGUUGCGAAUAGGUUGGUGUAUUAACAUCUUUUGGUGGCAGAGGUUGCGAGAGUGAUGCUGAUGAUGAAUUAACUAAUGUCGGAAAGUCAUCUGCUUUCAAACGUUGUUGGAUCAUUUUGACUUGCUGCUUUUUUGCUGGUUGAUGAUUGGUAAUCCUUUUUUCAAAGGCUUUAAAGGCUUCACAGCCUCUGUGAUUUGCUGAGUGAUCGCCACGACAAUUGCAGCAUUUUGCGUUGCCUUCUCUCGUUUUCCGCGAGCAUUCGCCAAUUGGAUGAUCCUCUGUGCACUUAACACAGCGGUAUUGAAAGCCACAAUUUGUGGCUGAAUGGCCCCAUCUUUGACAUCGAUGACACUGUAACCUUACUUUAGUUUUACUCUUCAUCUGCUCCCAUUUGACUGUUAUAUCGUCAAUAAUUCGAUGAUUGUGGUUGAGGAGAUUACAAUUAAUCGUGGAUUGAAUAAAACUAACCACAUAUAGUGUGUGGAAAUCGUUUUUGAACAGAACUGUGACUUUGUUUGCUGGAACAUUGUUGUUCUUCAGGAUCGAGAGAAUCUCAACAGGGUCUUCAUCAUAAAAUCCCUUGAGCACUAAGCUAACUGGUUUCUCUGAUGGUUCAGUGUACGUGAAAUGAUUGAUUAGCUUGCCUCUUAGUGCUUCAAGUACAAUUUUCUUGUCGCUCAGCAGGCUGCACGAUAUUUGAGUUGAGUUAUUAUUUAUAACCUUAAAUAUUGGUUUACGUGAAAGUUUCAACUUGCAACAGGUAUCUCUAACUAUUACCAAGCUGGAUCUAGUGACGAUUGGUUUGACUGCCUCAAUUUCUUCUGCCUCAGUUGUUGUUGACUGUACUUUUUGAGUACUUCCUGGGAUGAUUUGUGGGUUAUGUUGAACUUUGACUUUUUUGGGAUCUUGUCUCGUUGGACUCACUGGCGGGGUAUUAUCGCCAUGCAGGCGCUUCUUCUUCUUUUUAUUUUUUAACUCCAUAACAAGGAGAGCUUCUUAAUAUAUUAACUAGCACUUUUAAGUUUAACUGUUAUGAAAAAUGCGGAGCGAAAAUUUUUUGCGUGUGGACACUUCAAAAGUUGAAGCAAGAAUCCAGAGGGUUAAGCCGACUAAGAUUGUGUCUCGACUAGAUUUGACUUUAGUCGGCUUAUUCAGCUGUAAAAACCUAAUCCUUAAUUAAAAUGAAAUUAUAUCCAAUUUUAAUUUUCCUACAAAAAGAUUUUUCUCAUAUUUUUUAUUCAUAAAAGAUCAAGAUUGAUUGAGAAGAGAAUACUAUGAUAAUAUUAAAUUAAUUUAAAUAUGAGUAUAUCCAUUCCAUGGAUGAUAAUAAUGGACAAAAGUAAAAACAAAAAUAAAGCGGAUGAAAGUGUUUAUUACAUCGAUAUGGCAUGAGAUUCUUUUCCUUAAUUAACUUAAUAUUUUAGUAUCUUAACAAUUUUGUUGAAUUUGCAUGAUUUGUGGUGCUUCCGAUUGUCCCUGUUGCUGUUGCUGCUGUUGAUCCUGACCAUUUGAUUGUGUAUUAUUUUGAUUAUGACCCAUUUGUUGAGAUAGUUCUAAAAAGAAUCCAGUAAGAAUCGACAUACAUCCACAAAAUUUUGUUCCACAUCACUUACCAGCUUUUAAUCUUCUCGCAAUGUGCGAUCUCAUGUGCUUACGUAGAUGAUCUUUUCGAUAAAAUCCCUUACCGCAUUCACUACACGAGUGCUUCUUAUUGCCUGAAUGUAUAACAGCAUGAAGGCUCAGUUGUUCUUUUCUCUUGAAUGCUUUGAGGCAAUGACACAAAUAAGGACGUUCCGGAUUAUGUGAUUGUUUGUGUCUUGUCAAGUGAUCUUUACGUUUUAAUGCUGCGUUGCAAAUCUCGCAUCUGUGGAUGGGAUUUUCAAUUAAUUUGAAAGUUUAUAAAGAUUUAAUUUUGUAGCGGUUUU